CGGAUUGGUCUGCUUUCUCUUGCCUGUGGCGGUUGACAGCACCUCCCAGCCGUGCACGGCCUUCUGCUUGCUAACACAGACAGGCUGACUGCAGCAAGCUCAGCUCUACCCCAGUCCGUACACUGGCAGAAAAGUGCACUCUCUUUCCGAUUUUUUUUGCUUCUUAAGUUACUGGAUUCUGCAGUACAAGUCUUCAUGAACAAGCUGCACCGCUUACAGAUUUCACAGCAUUCAAAGGUCACAGAACUGCCACUAUGGUUAAAUGUCUUGUUUAAUGGUUGAGAGGUGCGGAGAAAUCUCAUUUGAUAGUCCUGACCAGAAUGCCAAAUGUGUUCGCAUGCUAGGAGAUGCACGGGUGAGAGGUCAGACAGGGGUUCUCUCCGAGCGCCGUGGCUCCUACCCGUUCAUAGACUUCCGUCUUCUUAACAAUACAACACUCUCAGGGGAAAUUGGCACCAAGAAAAAGGUGAAAAGACUGUUAAGUUUUCAGAGGUAUUUCCAUGCAUCCCGGUUACUCCGUGGAAUCAUACCACAGGCUUCUCUGUACCUGCUGGAUGAGGACUACCUUGGGCAAGCACGGCAUAUGCUAUCCAAAGUGGGAACAUGGGAUUUUGACAUUUUCUUGUUUGACCGCUUGACAAAUGGAAACAGUCUCGUAACACUGCUUUGUCACCUCUUCAACGUGCAUGGACUUAUUCACCAUUUCCAGCUAGAUAUGGUUACAUUGCAUAGGUUUUUAGUUAUGGUUCAAGAAGAUUACCACAGCCAGAACCCUUACCACAAUGCUGUCCACGCUGCUGACGUCACGCAGGCUAUGCACUGCUAUCUAAGGGAGCCUAAGCUUGCCAGCUUCCUCACCCCAUCGGACAUCAUGCUUGGACUGCUGGCUGCUGCAGCUCACGAUGUGGAUCAUCCAGGGGUCAACCAGCCAUUUCUGAUCAAAACGAAACACCACCUUGCCAGUCUGUACCAGAAUGUUUCCGUGUUAGAAAAUCAUCACUGGAGGUCUACAAUAGGCAUGCUUCGAGAAUCACGGCUCCUCGCUCACCUGCCCAAGGAGGUGACACAAGACAUCGAACAGCAGUUAGGCUCCCUGAUCUUGGCAACAGACAUCAACAGACAAAAUGAGUUUUUGAUUCAUCUGAAAUCUCACCUUGACAAUCAGGAUUUGAGACUGGAGGAUGCACGAGACAGACAUUUUAUGCUUCAGAUUGCACUCAAGUGUGCUGACAUCUGCAACCCCUGCCGGCUGUGGGAGCUGAGCAAGCAGUGGAGCGAGAGGGUCUGCGAGGAGUUCUACCGCCAAGGUGACCUGGAACAAAAAUUUGAACUGGAAAUAAGCCCACUUUGUAAUCAACAGAAGGAUACAAUACCAAGCAUUCAGAUUGGGUUCAUGACGUACAUUGUAGAGCCACUCUUUGAGAGGUGGGCCCAGUUUACAGGAGAUACGCCCUUAUCUGAAAACAUGUUAAACCAUCUCAGGAGGAACAAGGCAAAGUGGAGGAGUUUGCUCCAUAAGCAACACAGCAGUAGUAGGAGCAAUGACCACUCAGGUCAAGUAACUGACAGCCAGGAACAGACUUUAAAUGAAGAAGAAACUCCUUAGUGGCAGCUUUGCACUUUUCCUUAUAGCACUGCUAUCUUCGUCUUGAUCACAGCAGCAAGCAAAAUCCUGAGGAGCUAGGAGCCUCUUGUCAAGACCAUGGAAAGGGAGGAAACAGCAAAGCAGAUGCUCUAAGGGUCCUUAUGAACAAGCCCAUGGUUCUGCUGGUUCCUUUCUGGAUCUCCAUCUUUCUCUCCCCUCUCUUCAUUCUGCACAUGCCUGAUGCCAUCCGUCACUUCAGAUCAUGAACUGCUUGAAUGCAGGUCGAGCCAGCAGAGCUGAAGCCGAGCCAGUUACUGCUGCCAUGAAGCAGGGAGGAUUACUGAGAGAACGGGGAGGAUAGAGGCACUCUUGGUUAUGUAUUCAUUUACCAUGAGUCAUACUGUGACAUCUGUACAAAGGCCCAGAGCACCAUACGCUUUCCAGUCCGGCAGCUGGGCUGCGCAUGAAACCACCAGCAUCUUCAGAACCCAGAGGACACUGGUUGAAUGAGACAGCGCUCACAGAGGGCAGAGAGAAUCCGGUUAUUUUAGUAAUUAAAAUAAAAGCCUUUUUAACUUUUGUAUUCUGUGCACUAAACAGAUGUAUGAACUUUGGACUGAAGUUACACAACUCCGUGUACACAACUCCAGUGUAACAAGGCUCAUUUUGGUAAUCAUUUUUAUGCCACUUUGGGUAAAAGAAAGACGGGCAUCUUCUCAUUGCAAGGAACGGUAUUCCCUGGCAAAUGAAAGGGAAGGUGUUGUACAGUCUAACCCUUUGAAACACGAACAGAUCUACCUUUUGAGUACUGUUUCAAGUAAUGUGUUUAUAUUCAUGUGUGUACAUUUUCUGUAAAUAUGAGACGCUACUGAUUCCCAUGCCAAAAUACUGGAGUAUUGUGGGAUUGCUACCUGUAAAAAACAUUGGCACUGUGAACAGAAUACUGUUAGUUUUAAUACAAGAGAAACCAUUUGUAAAUAUGGUAUAGAGUUUAUUAAUAUUCACCAUUGUUUGUGGAUAAAAGCCUUAACUUUUAGCAUCCUUCAUCUUCUGAUAGCUGCCAAAAUCAUAUGAUUACAAGAUACAAUUCUGUACUGCCUUUCCACUAUCAAAGGUAUAUCACAGGUCAUUAAGGAAUGAAGCCUGGCAGGACAACUUCUUGAAAACUUCAAACACAUUCCAUAUGGAUCCGUGCUGUUAAAACCAUAGCACCCUGCACAUUCAGUAUAGGCAAAGGCUUCACAGAGCCUGAAGUUUCAGUUCAAAACAAACAAGCAAAGCCAGAAGCGCACAGCUACAACCACAGUUCAACAAUUCAAUCAAAUUAACACUUAUUCAAGAGUGAAUUUUUAUUAAAUAGCAUAGUGAACUAAAAAGCACGACAUCCUACUAAUUCUGGUGUCCAGCUGUUUUCUUAAGUGAUCUUGUAGUGGAGAUCCCCCCUGUAUUCUCCUACUUAGAUAGCCAGGAUAUAAAUGCAUAUGUAUUUUUCUUUUCAUUAAAAAAAAAAAAAAAAAGAAAGAAAGAAAGAAAGAAAGAAAGAAAGAAAAACCUCCAACCGACUGCUAGAUCUGUCUCACUCAUUGAAGGAAAAAAUGCUUUCAAAGUCAGCCUGUAAGGAAAAUCCUUGUAACUGUCGUAGUAGUUGAGGAAUUCUAUGAAUGCUGUGUUCAUUUUUCUGAAAGAUACAUGGCCCUAUUUGUGUCAUAAACAGCCUCAGUUCAUUCUAUACGAAGCUUCCCUUAAGCUUCCAUGAUUUCACUGAGAUUGCAUUCUUGAGCACUACUGCAUUGCACCAAAGCGAUUGCCCUCUCUCCCCAGAGGAGCUAAUCGUGUUUGAGCAAAGUGCAGCGUUGUUGUAAACCCUCAGCACAUCAAAUCAGCACAGCUGUUUUCCAAAAGAACUAGCAGAUAUGGCCACAUAACCACGUUCAGAGGAAGUGUCUUUGGACAGACCAACAAAGCACUAUUUAAAGUUGGUGUCUGAGAGGAAUAAUGCUUGCUUGGAGAGUUGCAAGGGUAGAUGCAGUAGAAUUUGUUUUUAGUUACAGGGAACACUGACUUUGUUAGACAAAGUCUUCACGAUCAUAAGGUGACUAACGUUUAAAGGAAAACGAAAAGCACAAGGUUUAGUAAAGGAUGCUUUAUUCUACUAAGUCAUUGGACAUGUAUCUUCAGAGAAAAGGACUGAAACUCAGUGAAAUAGGAAGGUGGAAAUCACUAGUCUCCUUCUUCUCUCUUCUAAACAAAACUCAUAUAUUAGAUGCACCGUAACAGCCAAAGUCAAGGAGUUGUGGUAGAAUAAAAUUAUUUCUAACUAUAGGACAUAAAUGCCUUUUUAACCACAUGAUGGUGGAGGUGGCAGCAUUACCACUUUACAGCGUUUUAUAGAUAUUUCUUCAUGACAAAUCUAGGAUAAUUAUUAGGACAUUAUACAAGCAGUAUAAUGGGCUGCCUACAAGCACUUAAGUACAUACAAAAAAAUAUCAUUUCCCUUGUUUUGUCUUUUAUACUAAGAAAUUGAAGCCAUUUUCCAUCUAGUUCAAAGAAUUUUUUUAAAGCAUUCUGAGGUUUAGUUAAAUAAACCUGGUGCCUAGCAGCAAAAAAAGCUCUUGACAGAAAUGUGCUGCUGAGGAGCAUCCAGAAAAUAGGUCCAACAGGAGAGCUUAGUGCAUGUCAAGUUCUGUUACAGCUACAGUGCAUCCAAGGUUUUUUCUGUAAUUAGAGCCUAAGGGGCCUAUUACAAGACUGCUCUUACCAAGUUAAAUCUUCCUAAUAAACUUUGAAAAGCUGCUCUUAAAACAAACAGGGUUUUUUGCUGUUGCUGUUUGUUUUGUUCGGGCUUUAGGUUGGGUGCACUUAAUGUUCUUGCUGGAUUUCAGUCACCCUAUCUAAUGAAACAGUGCUCAAAAUAGGUGGCUCCAGAAAUGCAUCUGUAGUUGGAAGGCAAACCCAUUACACAAGUUUGGGCCUAGACCAGUUUGCCUCAGGUGCUCUAGACAAAAGUGAGCUGAAAAAUCAGGCUCUGGCAACAGAUGUCUGGCAACUAGAUUCACUGGGAUCUGUGGUUGGACUAGGUGAGCUCAGAGGUCUUUUCCGACUUUAAUGCUAUCUUAUACGAUUCUCCACAAAACAAGCCAAACUGUACCUGCUACAGCGAAAUCAGAAACACCAGUGCUUGGUGUUGUAAGUGCUUGGUAUUAUCUAGUAGUUUAGAGAACAUUUUGGGGCUGGGAUUUCUCCCCAAGGAUGCCAACAGGACAGUGUAUGAACAGAAUGGAAAAAAUGUGCAGACAAUACAAAGUCUAUGGAUCGUUACCCUGGCAGCCCUAUUAGCCACUUUACAGAAAGACUUAGUAGAUCAUUUUUCUUUGCUACUGGGCCACUACAGUUAAAAGACUCUCCAGUUUUAAAACUGAGUUGGGUUUUUCGUAUAUGUAAUGAAGGAAGCAGAUAAUUGCUAAGAACAAGCAUAACACACUCUAACAAUGCCACACAAAUACAGUUCACUUAAUUGAUUAAAACCAGUUUCUUUAAAUCAUUUCUUCAAAGAGGCAAAGUCUGAAGAAUGGUAAUAAGUGGCAUUUUUACAUUGGUUAGAACAAUAUGUACAUAUGCACUUUCACUAAGUAAAGGUUUGACCUGCCUUUGGGUUUCUAAGGGCUGACAUUCCGGAAACCAACCAAAAUGGGAAAACAAGAACUAUAACAAAUGUAUACUUCUGAAAAAUAGAAGCAGACAGAUGAGUAGCUGACAUUAAGUAGCGCCUCCAGACGAUCUCUAAAUCAUAAAUCUAUUCUUUUCAUGUGGACUAUUGGUUUUCAGUAAGAAAAUCAAACCCUCCCAGAACGAUCAACGAGAAGGUUGCUACCACAGCAAAUGGAAUGAUCUACAUCUCAAACUGCACAGCUGUCUUAACAGCUUUUCUCAACUCUGGUUGAACUUUCUAUUAGAAGUUUCCAUCAAAACAGAGGUGGACUCCUAUGAGCCCUUUCAUAUGGACUCUUCUUGGAAAGGAGAAACACUCCUUUUAUUUUCAGGUAUCAGAUACCAGACAUCAUCUAUAGCCUUCUAUUCUAAUGAACUCAGAUAAGCUUUCCUUAAGAUUCUCCCGCUCUCCUCCUGACACCAUCACCCACAGACUCAAUAAUAAAAUUUAAAUUAAGAUGCCGCAAAUCUAAAACGAAGAAAAAAAUCCAUGCCAAAACCUAAACGAAACAGAAGAAAAACACAAGGCAAGCUUCAUGCCAUGAACACGUGUCCAAAUUACUUUGAUUGGUGCAAACUAUUACUCUAUUGUUUCUAUAAGUCAUCCAAUAUUUUAGGUACAUAAACUUUCUGUGCAGAGCAUAAGUUUGACUUGGAUGUAAAAAUAUAUUCUGCUUAUCUCUGAAAUCAAGAUUGUAUAUGUCAUGUUUAUUGUAAAGCAUUUUAUAUAUACAUAUUCACAUAUCUUGUACAACUCUAUGGGCCAAACACUGGUCCCACCAACUUCACCGGGACCAAGAAUCAGCCCACAUAUGUGCGUAUAUUUGCCAUAUGCGUCAUUCUAAAAGGAAGCACUAGAUUGUGUGAAAAUGCUGUGACUGCUAUGCAGUGAUGCCAAGAGACUUAAUUGUAUCUUUUUUAACAUACUGCUGUAAGUAUUCAUCAUGUCAAAGAAUGACAACUAAUAAAAUAAAAAU